AUGUUCAGCUUCAGUACUUCACCACUCCUCUUCUUCUCUUUGCUCUUCCUCAUCCUCAUCUUCACCACCACAACAUCAGUUGCACAAUCUUACAAACCGACUGAACACUUCCUUCUCGACUGUGGUUCAUCCACCAAUUCCACUUCCAGUUCCAACCAGACAUGGGAGGGUGAUGAAAUUUCCAAAUUUGUACCUUACAACAUCACCACAACUUCCUUUUCAUUCAAAGCUUCAUCUCAAGAUUCUUCUGUCGAUACAAUCCUUUAUUCUACUGCCCGAAUCUUUAACAGUACUUCUUCAUUCACAUACACUUUUCCAGUGUCUCAAGGGCCCAAAUUCCUCCGCCUCCAUUUCUAUCCAGCCACCUACUCAAACCUUGAUGCAAACAAAUCUUUCUUCUCUGUAUCAUCCAAUGGCUACUCUCUUUUAACCAACUUCAGUGCCUUGCUACACGUGUUGUUUCAAAAAGAGACUCGCCCUGAUGCAAAACUUGUCAAGGAAUUCCUCAUCCAUGUAAACAAUACACAAACACUAAACGUUGUCUUUACACCUUCGCCCAACUCAUAUGCCUUCAUCAAUGGUAUUGAAAUCGUCUCAAUGCCCGACGAUCUGUAUUUCAAUAAUCCUAUAAAACUGAAACCCAUUGGUGUGAUUAAUGGACCCGUUAUUGAUAACAAUACGGCUCUUGAAAAUAUAUACCGGUUAAACAUGGGCGGGGGACAAAUAUCCGGUAAAUAUGAUACAGGUAUGUACCGGUUUUGGGAUCAAGAUGAUAACUACAUAUAUGGUGGAGCGUUUGGGUUGACGCCUCGGUACGAGGCUCCGAUCACGUACACCACCGAGACUCCGAAUUAUACGGCACCCGAGCAAGUUUACCAAACCCAAAGGAGUAUGGGCAAACUGGCUGACCAGUACAACCUGACUUGGAGACUUCCAGUUGAUUCUGGGUUUAAUUACAUGCUCAGGCUCCAUUUUUGCAACAUCAUACCACAAUACACAAAAAGGGAACAGGUGCGAUUUUAUAUCUUCAUUAAAAAUCAAACCGUUGAAAAAGAUUUUGAUCCAUUCUACGGGACCCAAGGUAGAGGGUAUCCUAUUUUCAAGGAUUAUGUUGUGCAUGUCGACAGCCCAGAUGGCCGCCCAAGCAAGCAAGAUUUGUGGCUUGCAUUGCAUCCCAACGCCUAUUCGGAAGCAUAUUAUGAUGCUUAUUUGAAUGGUUUGGAAGCUUUUAAGUUGAGCAUGGACCGGAAUCUUGCAGGCCCAAACCCGGAAGUUAGUCCCCCUGCACACCCACUGCCAAAGCCGUUGUCUUCCAUCAAAGUUGAUAAGAAGAGUCCACCGUAUGCCACGAUAAUUGGAGGUGUCGGGGGAGGGGUAGUGUUUCUUAUGUUUAUCUUAAUUCUAAUAUAUAUACGACAACGAAAACAAACCAAACAUUAUGGUACCAACUAUAAUGAGCCGUCUUGGGGUCCAACUUCUAGUGAUUCCUCACUUCCAUCUGAUCGUUGCCGUCGGUUUUCCCUUAAGGAAAUGAAAAGCGCUACCAAUGAAUUUAAUGAGAACUCUGUUAUUGGCAAAGGAGGGUUUGGCAAGGUAUACAAAGGGUACAUGGGCCAUACAACCAAUAUCGUAGCUAUCAAACGGCUCAACGAUUCAUCAAGUCAAGGUAUUCAAGAAUUCGUGACUGAGAUAUUGAUGUUGUCUAAUCUUCGUCAUGUCAAUCUAGUGUCCCUGAUUGGUUACUGUGACGAAGACAAAGAGAUGAUCCUUGUGUAUGAAUACAUGGAGCAUGGGACAUUACGGGAACAUCUCUACAAGACAAACAACCCUCCUUUGUCAUGGAAAACACGUCUGCAUAUUUGCAUUGGUGCGGCCAAAGGGUUGCAUUAUCUCCACACAAGUGCAAAGCGUACGAUUAUACAUCGUGAUGUCAAGUCCACAAACAUCUUACUUGAUGAGAACUGGAUUGCAAAAGUAUCUGAUUUUGGUUUGUCGAAGCUAGGGUCAAAAGACCCAUCACAAACACACGUGAGCACCAUGGUAAAAGGUAGUAUUGGGUAUAUUGAUCCGGAAUACUGCAAAAGGAAACAAAUAACGGACAAGUCUGAUGUGUACUCAUUUGGUGUGGUUUUGUUUGAAGUGUUGUGUGCAAGACCUGUCAUCGUACAACAGAUGAAAGACGAUGAACAAGUGAGCUUAGCAGAAUGGGGAAAGACUUGUUAUCGAAGGGGAACGUUAUCUGAAAUAGUUGAUCCAAAACUAGCUGAUGGUGAGAUUGCUGCUGGAUGUUUCAGAAAAUUUGGAGAGGUUGCGAAUAGUUGUUUGCAGGUGGAUGGAAGCGAGCGACCAACAAUGGAGAAGUAG